AUGUCUGUCCCUCUUUACGCCGUAGCAGACUUCUGUCUGAUCCCCAUGGGAUUACCUAAACCAUCCGUUGGACCUGAGAUAGCUGAGGUUCAGAGGGUACUAGAGAAAUCAGGAUUGGAAUACAAAGUGAGCUCUCAGAUUGCCUUCUUACCGAUGUUUCCCAAGCUGACUGGUUAUGGAACGAACAUCGAGGGACCAUGGGACGACGUAGUAAGAGUGAUAGGUGAAUGUCAUCAGGCUGUACAUGCUUUAGGGUGUCAGAGAAUCGCUACCGAUAUCAGGAUAGGUACAAGGACAGAUAAAUCUAUCACCUCAGGCGGGAACGACAGUAAAGUACAGAGGGUUGUUGACAUACUUGCAUCUGAGAAGAAGUAA